UAUGAAGAGUGAAGCAAUAUGGUGGGUUUAUUUUUUGGAUAAUUAUUAGUUAACAAAUAAAAAAGAAAGUAUUUGAUAAUAAAUGAGAUGUAGUUGGAGUAUUAAACGCAAGUCCCAUUUUUUGGGGCAUUGACUCCUCAGUCAAUGCCAUUUUUGUGGAUAGAGAGUACAAUAAAUUUGAAGGAAAUCAAACCUAUAGGCCCCAUUUUUGUCGACAAUGACUCCAAAAGUCAAUUCCAUUGACAAUGAUGGUACAAUAUUAGAAGCUGAGCCAUGUUUAGUUUAGAAGCCACGAUCAAACAUUAAUCUGGUUACAAUCAAAGAACUCCAUCUCCCUAUUUUAAUUUCGCUAUAAAUGUUCAUCUUUCAUUACUUAGCCAUAUGCACAUUUUUCCUUUAAAGUAAAUCCCACUGAACAUUUGCACUUACACACAGAUAUGGAGUCAUGGGUGGGGUGGUUGCUUCUUCUAUGUUGCCAUAUGUUUUUCUUUUACUUCUCAUUCUCCCAUUCCUUAUGUCAUCCUCACGAUAAAAUUGCCUUGCUCCAAUUCAAAACCUCUAUUACUUUUUCUUUUGGGUCAGACGAUACCUCUCUCACUUAUGAUGGUGCGACUUAUGAUGUUCUUUAUGCUGCAUGCAGUGAUAUGGAUCCAAAGACAGUAACAUGGAAAAAUGAGACAGAUUGUUGCUCAUGGGUUGGCGUUACUUGCCACCCCAUUUCUAGUCGUGUCAUAGGUCUCGAUGUCUCAUGCAAUGGUCUUUAUGGUGAAAUCCUUCCGAACAGUACAUUUUUCUAUCUUUCUCAUCUCCAAUCACUUAAUCUUGCUUUCAAUUAUUUCCACUUUCAACUUUCAUCUCUCUUUGCUGGAUUUGUGAGUCUCACACACCUCAAUUUGUCUGAUUGUCUCUUUGAAGGUGAAAUUCCUUCCCAAAUCUCACAACUUUCUAAAUUAGAAUCACUUGAUCUCUCUCAUAAUAUGCGGUUAAUGUGGAAAGAAGACAGUUGGAAGAAGUUCCUCCAAAACGCAACACUUUUAAAGGAGCUUAUUUUGGAUGAUGUAGAUAUGACUCAAAGUUCAAUGAAGUCACUCAAUCAGUCAACCUCUUUAGUUAGUCUUAGUCUCAGUAACACUGGAGUAUGGGGAUACUUGAAAAAUGGUAUCUUAUGCUUACCAAAACUUCAACAGUUGCACUUAAAAUAUGGUUACGAUCUAAACGGCCAACAUCUUCCCAGCUUCAGUUGUAGUGCUGCUUCUCUCACUACAUUGGAUCUUUCAUCUAAUCGAUUUGGGGGGUCAAUCCCUGCCUCUUUCUCCAACCUCACGCAUCUUACUUUCCUUGAUCUCUCUGAUAACAUCUAUCUCAAUGGUUCAAUUCCCUCCUCCCUCUUAACCUUUCCGAGUCUAACUUUUCUAGAUCUUGGAUUCAAUCAAUUCAGUGGCCAAAUCCCAAAUGUCUUUCCCCAGUCAAACAGUUUUGAAAAACUAGAUUUGGGUCAUAACAAUAUAGAAGGUGAGCUACCAUCAACAUUUUCAAAUCUCCAAAGUCUCAUUUUCUUGGAUCUUUCAAAAAAUAAAUUUAGUGGUCAAAUUCCAUCCUCAAUUUCAAAUCUCCAACAUCUUAUUCACUUGGAUCUUUCAUAUAAUGAAUUUAAAGGCCAAAUUCCAUCCUCACUUUCAAAUCUUCAACAUCUCAUUCUCUUGGAUCUUUCAUUGAAUAAAUUAAGUGGCCAAAUUCCAUCCUCAAUUUCAAAUCUUCAAUAUCUCGUUUCCUUAGAUCUUUCACAUAAUAGAUUGAAGGGUCCUCUGCCUAACAAAAUAACAAGUCUUUCAAACCUAACUCGAUUAUACUUCAAUGACAACUUACUAAAUGAAACAAUUCCUGUUUGGUGUUUAUCUUUGCCAUCUUUGCUAGAACUAGAUCUAUCAGAUAAUCAGAUACCCACAGAAUUAACCAAUUUGAACUUUCUUGAAGUCCUGAAUUUUUCCUAUAAUCAUCUUGUUGGAGAAAUACCUGAAGGAAAACAGUUCAACACUUUUGAAAAUAACUCCUAUAUUGGAAACUCGGGACUAUGUGGGUUCCCGUUGUCAAAGAACUGCAACAGCACUAAACAACAAUCUCCAUCUUCUCCGAAUUUCUGGCAAGAAGAGAGAUUUGAAUUUGGAUGGAAAGCAAUUGUUAUAGGAUAUGGAUGUGGAUUAAUAUUUGGAAUUGGCCUAGGAAUUUGUGUACUGUUCGUUGGAAAGCCUGAAUGGCUUGUGAAAAUGGUGGGAGGUGGUCUUCGUAAAAAGAUGAAAAGAAGGUGA